UGUUUUUAAUUAUUUUGGUGUGAUUGUGAUGUUUUUUAGAUGUCUGAAAUUUGCAGAAAGAGAUCAAAGUUUGAGUAUUGCAAUGGCUAAGAGUUCUUUCAAGAUUGAACACCCUUUGGAGAGAAGGCAAGCAGAAUCUUCUCGCAUCAGGGAGAAGUAUCCUGAAAGAAUUCCGGUGAUUGUUGAGAGAGCAGAAAAGAGUGAUAUCUCAGACAUUGAUAAGAAGAAGUACCUCGUCCCAGCUGAUUUGACUGUUGGCCAAUUUGUUUAUGUGGUUCGAAAGAGGAUCAGUCUCAGUGCUGAGAAGGCCAUAUUUGUCUUUGUCAAAAACAUUCUUCCUCCAACUGCUGCUCUGAUGUCUUCAAUUUACGAGGAAAACAAGGAUGAAGAUGGAUUCCUUUACAUGACAUACAGCGGCGAAAAUACAUUUGGGUUCCUCGAGCUUGGGAAUUAAUAUUUGAAAAGUUUACCGUCUGAACUGUAAAGCUGCUAUUUCUUUGAUUAGUUCAUGGAUGUUUUAACUGGCUCCUGACUCUUGUUUUUGUUGAUGGAAAUACCCAUAAAAUGUACAGAUGACAAGUCUUUUUUACUUUUAUCCAAUAUCUCUUUUAUCUUCA